GUGACGCAACAUACGUGACCGUCAGCGUUGCAGACAUGGCGGAAGUGAAAGUGUUUCCUCUGUGCUGUGUGGUGCAGAACUACGCCUGGGGUAAAGCGGGUCUGGACAGUGAGGUGGCGCGGCUGGUGCUCGGCGGAGACCCGCAGGCGCACAUAGAGCACAGCAAACCCUAUGCAGAGCUGUGGAUGGGUGCUCACCCCAAAGGCGACGCUCUCAUCAAAGACAACCGGAUUUCUCAAAGGACGCUGGGUCAGUGGAUUGCAGAUUUCCCGGGAUGCCUGGGGUCAAAGGUCAAGGACACUUUUCAUGGGCAGCUUCCCUUCCUGUUCAAAGUGCUGUCCGUAAACACGGCUCUGUCCAUCCAGGCGCAUCCCAACAGGGAGCUGGCUGCGAGACUCCAUGCGCAAUUUCCUGAACAUUAUCCAGACAACAACCACAAGCCGGAGAUGGCCAUCGCUCUCACGCAGUUUGAGGGUCUCUGUGGUUUCCGGCCCAUGGAGGAAAUCUUGGGCUUUCUCAAAAAUGUCCCAGAGUUCCGUGCGCUGGUGGGAAAUGAAGCGUCUGAGGAGCUGCAGAGCGCUGACGGAAACCCACACCGAACGUCUCUCGCCCUAAAGAAAUGCUUUACCAGAAUGAUGAACUGCGAGAAAAAGCUGUUUGUGGACCAGCUCAACAUGCUAGUCAAGCGAAUCUCAGAGGAAGAAGCCGCAGGUAAAGACACCUCUGGAAGUAACGGAGAGCUGCUGCUGCGGCUUCAUUCCCAGUAUCCCGGAGACAUCGGCUGCUUCUCCAUUUAUUUCCUCAACCGCAUCGUGCUGCAGCCGGGAGAGGCCAUGUUUCUGGGGGCAAAUGAGCCUCAUGCGUAUCUGUCCGGAGACUGUGUGGAGUGUAUGGCGUGUUCUGACAACACCGUUCGUGCCGGACUGACCCCCAAAUACAUAGACGUGGACACUCUGUGCGAGAUGUUGAAUUACUGCCCAGCUCCCGUCAGUGCCAAAAUCUUCCCCUGUGUGCGGGACAACGCCGACCCCUGUGUCUACCUCUACGACCCUCCUGUGCCAGACUUCACCGUCAUGAGAAUACAGGUGCCGUCCUCGACGCAGCAGUAUACUGUGAGUGCUCUGGAUUCUGCAGGAAUCCUGCUGGUCAUUGACGGUGAGGCCGUCGCCACGUCUGCUGCUGCACUCUCGGACAUCACUCUAAAACGAGGCUCAGUGCUCUUCAUUUCAGCCAAUGAGAGUGUCUCUUUACAGCUAACAUCAUCCACAGGCAUGACCAUGUUCAGAGCGUGCUGCUUACUGUAGGAGACGCUUCAGAAACAUCCCGUUACCAUCCGUUCUGUCCUGAAUCUGCUAAAACACUUCCAGUAGAACUCAUGUUCCCAUGUUUUUGGCUUCAUCAUGAACAUGCAUGACGAAUAACCCCUCCUAAGUGGGAGAUUAUAAAUAUUAGAAUGACAUUUAGUGUUGAAAUGGCUAUGCUAACCAAAAAAAAAAAAAAAAA